AUGAAUAUCACUGGCAAUGUACUGCCAUUAAGUCACUUCAGAAGGCAGCUGAAGCAAUCUUGUGUGCUCUGUUUGAGUUGUGUUAUGGUCAACACUGAUGAUAUGAAGCUUGUUCUUGGCAUUGAUGCCAAAAUUGGGUCAAAUUAUUUCAGCCUGAUUGAUGUGCCUGAUUGCUCCACCCCUGCCACCAUCACCUGCUGUCUGUGUGCUGCCCCUGCCCCGCCAACUACUGCUGCCACCACUCCACCACCACUGCCACUGCCCAUCACUGCCUCCCUGCCUCCCUCUGGUGCUGUCAGGGUCUCCGCCCGUCAAAUGGCAGGUAUUAGAGCCCCUGUCUGGUUCACAAAGCCAGUUCUGGAGGAGCAGGAGGAGGAGAAGGAGGAGGAGAAGGAGAAGGAGAAGAAGGAGGACAAUGAUGAUGAUGAAGAUGAUGAUGAUAAUGAUUAA